AUGGCAGAAUUUUAUUGUGAAACACAUGGUAAACCAAAACCUAGAAUAUAUUGGAGAAAAUCCGGUGAUAAACAAAUUAUACAUGAAGGUUCAAAUUUUACAAUCAAAAAU